AUGUCUCGUAUUCAAACAUUGUUGCUUACUUUCUUCCUCAUUGCGCUUGUCUUUGCGUCGCCCAUCAAACAGCAGAACAGGAAACGAUCGUUCAAAAUUCCCGUCAAACGAAAUCCCCACUACAAACCCAAUGGAAAAGCUGCGUACAAGCGAGCCUUGUACAAGUUCGGCUUGGGCGAUAUCAGCUUCUUACCGGAAGGCGAAGUCGCCACGAGGAUAAGGGCAUCAUCCAAUGCUUCCGUCAGCGCUAUCGAUAACGAGGACGGUGCGACGACCGCUUCUCCAACCCAAAAUGAUGCCCAGUUUCUUUCCCCAGUAAAUGUUGGUGGUCAGACCUUGAUCAUGAACUUCGACAGUGGUUCAUCCGACACAUGGGUUUUCAACACCAACCUCCCCGAUGGGUCUCAACAGGGACACACCAUCUACGACCCAACGAAAUCAACGACAUUCCAAGACCUGCAAGGCACGUUCAACAUCACCUACGGCGACUCGUCCUUCGCAUCGGGGCCUGUCGGCCUGGAGACCAUUGACAUUGGCGGUGCCACCGUCGACGCCCAAGCCAUCGGCCUACCAGAUGUCGUCUCCGACUCAUUCGUGACCGACUCAGCAUCCAACGGGCUCGUGGGCCUGGCAUUCUCCCGGCUCAACACCAUCCGCCCGAACCAACAAAAGACCUUUUUUGACAACAUUAUGGCCGACCUCACUCUCCCGGUGUUCACCGCGCAACUGAUCUCGGGGGGACUCGGAUCCUACGAAUUCGGCAACAUCGACACCAACGCCUUUGUCGGCGACCUGACCACCGUGCCCGUGGACAGCUCGCGCGGCUUCUGGGAAAUCAGCUCCGCCGCCGCGAAAGUCGGGGGUGUCACCACCAACAUCCCCAACGGCCAAGCCAUCGUCGACACCGGCACGUCGCUCAUGUUGGUCGGCGAUGAAAUGCUCGUCGCGUACUGGAACACCGUCCAAGGUGCGCAGCUGAGCGAGCAAGCAGGCGGCGUCAUCUUCCCCUGCAACACGGCCCUCCCCGAUCUAGAGGUCGCCGUGGGAGACACCUACUUCGCAACCGUCAAGGGCGAAGGCAUGAACUUCGCCGAGGUCGGCACUGACAGGACAACGGGAACCGAUUUCUGUUUCGGCGGCCUGCAGUCCAACCAGGGACUCCCAUUCGCUAUCUACGGCGACGUCUUCUUCAAGUCCCAGUUCGUCGUCUUCGAUGGCUCCGGGCCCUCCAUCGGCAUUGCAGAGCAUUCUUAA